GCCAACGCCUCCGUCUGGGUUGCUGGUCUUCCCUACGAUGUGACAUAUCAUGAACUUCUCGCCUCCAUCCGCGGCUGCGGAAAAGUUAAGUGGACAAACAUCGACUUCCCCCGAGACGCCACCGGCACAGCAACAGCCCAAGUUAUUUUCUUCCGCCAUAUUGCUGCAAAGCGCUUCAUCGCUCAAGGCCAGAUUGGCCAGGUGGUAGUCAACGGGGCUAGAGUUGAGGUAUCCUGGAACCGGGUGAAGACGGUAGAAGAAGAUGACACCGACAAGUCCCGAGUUCUGCGGAUCUCGGGGCCACAGAACAUGAUCUCGGAACGACAACUGAUGGCUUUCCUCAUGGCCAACUUCCAGUUCGACAUAGACGAUGUCAUUGAAGUUUGGAGCUCGGAGGAAUCGGCAUGUCUCGAGGUGCGGUUUGCGUCCUGGCGCAGCCAGGCGCACACGGCGAAGAUUGCUUUGUGCCAGGAAUAC